CGGACCUCGCGGCGAACCGGCCGCCUCGUGAGUGAAUAUGUGUUUGUGAUAGCAGUGCAGGAAAUAUGAGGCUGUCACUGCAAUUGGGGGUGGUUCUGCUGGCGGUGUACCACACCUGCCGGGCGGAGCGCGCGCCCCGCGCCAUUCAGGGCUACUCCAAUAGAAACUAUGCGGUCCUCGGGGACCCCAUCCAGACCCCGCUCAACGAAGACGGCUACUUCUACCCGCGGCCCGAGAUUCCGUUCCCGCCGCCGCCGCCUGUGAUACCUCCAAAGCCGUCGCAGCCGCCGCCGCCGCCGCCCCCAGUCAUCAUACCUCAAAGGCCGACGCCGCCGCCGCCACCUCCUCCUACUAUAGGCUACGUGUACAACCCUCCCACUACGAGGGCACCUACCUAUAGUACGUUAUUAAAUAGCUACCCCUCUACUGGCUAUGUCUACAACACGCCUAAAAUACCUUUCACUUUUCCCACAACCACCACCCCUAGGCCCACUCCUCCCCCAACCAUCCGCUACACAACAGGGUCUACCAUAAGACCAGUCACAAGAACGACCCCUGGAUACACCUAUACUACCCCGAGGGUGACUUUCACGUAUCCCACGACCACCACGCCGAGACCGACCCCUCCUCCGACUAUCAGAUACACCACAGGUUCUACGUACGCCCCAGUAACAAGAACCACUCCUGCAUCAACCGGAUACACUUACACCACUCCGAGAAUACCUUUCACUUACCCGACUACGCCCAGACCGACUCCGCCACCGACCAUCAGAUAUACAACUGGAUCCACAAUCAGGCCAGUCACCAGGACUACGCCUAGACCCACCACUGGAUAUACGUAUCCUACUCCGAAAAUCACUUUCACAUACCCGACACAACCACCUACUAUUAGAUACACGACCGGUUCGACUUUAAGACCAGUAACUCGAACUACACCUAGGCCGACCCCGCCACCGACCACCGGAUACACUUACCCCACUCCUAGAGUAACUUUCACGUAUCCAACGACAAGGCCCACGCCGCCCCCUACGAUCAGAUACACAACAGGUUCCACGAUCAGGCCUGUAACUAGAACCACACCGAGACCUACUCCACCUCCGACAACUGGCUAUACUUACCCAACUCCUCGGGUAACAUUCACUUACCCAACAACUACUAGGCCGCCACCAACGACUCCCAGACCCACUCCUUACACCUACCCCACACCAGGAGUAACGUAUUUGCCGGUAACGACACCUAGGCCUACUCCGCCGACAACUCGGUACACUUACCCCACUCCUAGGAUCACCUUCACGACGCCCAGGCCUACCCCUCCCCCUACCAUCAGGUACACUACAGGAUCGACGUACAGACCAGUCACUCGAACGACUCCAGCGCCGACCGGCUACACCUACCCUACUCCUAGGGUAACUUUCACGUUACCAACGAUUAGGGUCACUACGCCUCGGCCGACGCCACCACCCACGCAGCCUAACACUUACUUACCUCCCACAAGAGCUACUCCCCCACCAUACACCCCACCGAGGAUUACCACCCCCAGGCCGACUCCUCCACCAUACACCCCACCGAGGGUCACCACCCCCAGGCCGACUCCCCCUCCGACUUACUUACCGCCCGUGACAACCACAACACGACGACCACCUCCUCCACCACCCCCGAGAACUAACCCCACUUAUUUGCCGCCGACAACCAGAUACAUUUACACCACCCCUAGAACCACUUUUACAUAUCCCACAUACAAGAUAACUACCCCCAGACCUACUCCUCCCCCGACGCAACCAAACACAUACUUGCCACCGACCAAGGCUACUCCUCGCCCGUACGUUCCACCUCGAACUACCCCAAGACCCACCCCUCCGCCCACACAACCCAACACGUACCUCCCUCCUACUACCAGGGUGACAUUCCCGCCUUAUGUGCCCCCCCGGACAACUUUCCCACCCUAUGUUCCUCCGCGAACAACCUUCCCACCGUACGUGCCUCCCAGAACAACUCCUAGGCCGACUCCACCCCCAACCCAACCUAACACCUAUCUUCCUCCGACUACCAGAGUAACAUUCCCACCAUAUGUACCCCCCAGAACGUUCCCUCCUUACGUCCCCCCACGAACUACUCCCAGACCAACCCCUCCCCCGACUCAGCCCAACACCUACCUGCCCCCGACUACCAGACCUACACUGCCACCUUACGUUCCCCCGCGAACUACUCCGAGACCUACCCCUCCUCCCACUCAACCUAACACUUACCUCCCACCCACUACACGUACUACCCCAAGACCAACUACGACUACUACUCGACGAACUCCCCCUCCCACUCUCAGAACACCCCCGCCCACUAUUAGAACACCGCCACCAACUUACCUCCCCCCAUCGACGACCCCGAGGCCGACACCUCCCCCCACGACAGGCUACACAUACCCCGUGCCAAGGGUAACCUUCACCCUGCCAACAUACCGCACCACACCCCCUCCUCCCCCUACCACGCCCAGAAGAACACCCCCUCCCACUACCAGACCCCCACCCACCUACCUACCUCCCACCACAACCCCCCGCCCCGUGAUAAGAACGAACCCCCCAACCACCAGACCCCCCUUCAUCCCAGACCAAGGUUACUUCUACGACAAACCUCUAGUACCUUUCGCCUUCUAAUUUAGAAAUAAUUAUUCUAAGUUGCCAUAAUUGUGAUACCAAACUGUACUUAAUAAGUACACAAGUCGCAGGUUUAUAUUUUAAGUUUGUUUUAACUUUAUGUAUGAUAUCAUAACUAUAUACAUAUGUAUAGGAGUAUUCGAGGUUACCGUGAUUCUAGUGAUUUAAUAAUGUUUAAUGCGAAAAUACUCAAAAAUGUUACGAAAACGACACUGCCUUAACUAAUGUUAUUUGUAUAAAAUAUAAAUAAAAUGUUUACUUUUUGAUAAAAAAAAUAUUCUGAAUUUU